AUGAACCGAGAACGAGUCCAUCACCUCCUACCUGCGCCGAUCCCUGAGCCAGACACAGUCCUCCAGAUACGCGCGGGUAAGAUCAAGAGACUCGGCAAAGAGCAGUCAGGCAUCUUCAAAGAACCAUGCCAAGGCCCAGUCUUCGUCGGCAGCACUGGCAUCGUGGGUGAUGAACACAGCUAUGCUAGCCAUGGCGGUGUUCAUCGCGCAGUUCACCAGUAUGCUCUGAGCAACUAUGCAAAGUGGCGGGACGAGAUUCCAGAAAAAGCUCAUCUCUUUGAACCAGGUGCCUUCGGCGAAAAUCUAACGUCGGAGUCGCUCAACGAAGACAACGUCUGCCUUGGUGAUGUCUACACCAUCGGUGACGAGGCCGGCAUUACCGUAGAAGUCAGCGAGCCACGCAACCCAUGCUAUAAGCUCGACAUCCGAUUCCAAUGGACUAACGCUCUGAAGCGCAUCCAGCGCACAGGUUGUGUGGGUUGGAAUAUGCGUGUACUGAAGUCUGGCUACUUAAAGCCAGGAGACAAGAUGACGUUGAUCGAGCGCCGUUUUCCGAAGUGGUCGAUCAUGAACGUGCAGAGGGUCUUGCAUGGCAGGGAGGUUGAAAGGUCACUUCUUGAGGAGCUGAGCAAUAUGGAUGUGUUGUCACCUUAUUUCCAUAACCUCGCUUUGAAAAGACUGGACCACGCCAUGAGGACGUACCGCCUCGUCGAUGCGGUUCUGGUUACGCUCCGAGUCAGGCAGCUGACAUUCCAGGCUGUCCACCACAUCAAUGAUGGAAACACAGACUUCCCACCCCACGCCUAUGCCUCCAUCAAGUUCGGCCCUAGCCGCAGCAUCUCAAGGCCAUAUUCCAUCGUGUCAGGUGACCUUAACAAGUUCACACUCGGUGUCGCGCUGGACGACAUGUCGCAGAGCCGUCCCGAAUUCCUGCACGCGAUGAAACUUGGUGAAGAGAUCGACAUGGCGCCUGGCAUCGAUCUUGAAGCUAGCAGGAAGCUAGCUCACUUUGACGAUGAAGAGAUUGAUCAGCGUGUAGUAACCAUCGGCGGGAUCGGAGUUACGUCUGUGCUCAGCCUGCUACACAGAUGGGACCGAGUGGGCCUGUCGUAUCAGAUUCAUUACGCCGAACGAAGUUUUCGAGAUGCUGCGUAUCUCGACUGGUUGCCACGAGAACGGACGACCGUCUAUGCUAAGUCGGAAGGGCAAAGAAUGGACAUCCAAGCGAUCGUCCCAGGCAAAAACACCAACGAACGGCAUAAUGCUGCCAUCUUCUGCUGCGGCCCCCAGCGUCUCAUGGCAGCAUGUGAGCAGCGAACCCGACAGCUCGGCUAUCCGUCUCAUCUGGUGCAUUUCGAAAGCUUCUCCACUUUCAAGCGAUGGCCUUGGGCCCCCUUUCGCGGUGGAUAUCGAGGAUACCUACACCGACCGAAAGGAGACUUUGCAGGUUUCUUCGGGGAAGACGCUGUUACGUGUGCUGAAUGA